AUGGACCAUCCACCGGAGGACGCCUGGAAACAUACUGGUGUUCAAGUCGUCCCAGGUGAUCAGCUGGACACUAAUACUGCUCAAACGCCAGGCAUGAAUCGUGCUGCAGCAAUCACAUUCGCUCGUACAGGAGCACAGAAACUCUGGGCCGGAACAGUGCAUAUACAUGCAAAUGCGAAAACCGGUGCGCACCAUCAUGGGCACCUCGAGAGUAUAAUCUACAUCGUUAAGGGCAAGGCACGUAUGCGUUGGGGCGCCUCACUGGAGUUCACUGCUGAAGCUGGACCUGGUGACUUCAUCUAUGUUCCACCUUACGUACCGCACCAAGAGAUCAACGCAAGCGAAGACGAGAAGUUAGAGUGUGUGCUUGUGCGAAGUGACGGUGCGUUUUUUCGCGGAAAACGAGAAUAUCUAAUGCGGGCCCUAUCAGACUAA